AUGGCGAAAAUAGAGAUCCCGGAGAACCUUGGAGCUCAUCUAACUAAGCUACCAGCUCCAACCGUCGGCAACGUAGUCGUUGGCUUCCUAGGCGCAAUUCUGUUCUACGUUGUCUGCCGAACAAUCUAUUACCUCUACCUCAGUCCCCUUCGUCAUUACCCAGGCCCUAAGCUCUGGGCAAUCUCUCGCCUGCCAUGGAACUACGUCAACAUGAAAGGCCGUAUCACUUGGCGUGUUCGCGAGCUACACGAGCAGUACGGCCCUGUGGUGCGGAUCGCGCCCGAUGAGCUCUCCUUCACCUCUUCGGCGGCAUGGAAGAAGAUUUACGGACAGCGCAGUCCCGAGUUUCCCAAAGCUCUCGACGGCCGCGGUAUUGCUCCUGCGCAUCUCAACGGGCGCAGGACGCUGAUGACCGAAAGCCAAGAGAAGCACUCCAAACUGAGACGUGCAAUUAACCCUGCUUUCUCGGAGCGUGCGCUGCGCGAACAGGAAGACUAUUUCCAAACCCAUUCAGACAGUCUUGUGAAACAGCUCAUGAAGAGGUGCAAAGAAGGGCCAGUGGACAUGUCCACUUGGUUCAAUCUCUUGGCCUUUGACAUUGUUUCUGACCUCGCCUUCGGUACACCAGCUGGCUGCCUCAACAACGCUGACCAGCCUUGGAUCCGAGUCAUCAUGUCCCGUGCCACCUCGUACGUUUGGAUUCAGCUGGCGGUACAGUACGGCGUCUUCGAAUAUCUCUCAUGGAUCACCCCGCGUCGCGUUACCGAGGCACGCAAGAAACACAUGGCCAUGACGGAAGCCAAGGUGCGUCAGCGCAUCGAGGCCAAGAACCCCGGCAAGGACUUCAUGUCCUACAUUCUCGACAAUAAAGAAGAGAAGCUCUCGAAUCUAGAGUUGGUUAUGCUUGCCGGCACGUUCAUUGUUGCCGGCAGUGGUACAACGGCUGGAGGCAUGUCAGGCUUGACUUAUCUUUUGCUCCGCAGCCCCGAGAAGCUUGAGAAGCUCAAGACGGAGAUAAGAGAGACGUUCAAGACCAGGGGAGAGAUUUCGAUGGUCGCCGCUCAGAACUGCAAGUACCUCCGAGCGUGCCUCAACGAGGCCAUGCGCAUGUACCCUCCCACGCCUGGCUCCCUGCCCCGUUGGGUGCCGGGUAAAGGCGAAAUCAUCGACGGCCACUGGGUACCUGGUGGCUAUGCUGUUGCCGUGAACCAGUUCGCCGCGGGCCAUUCCAAGCACAACUUCCACCGGGCUAGCGAGUUCAUUCCAGAGAGGUGGCUUGAGCUCAGCCCUGAUUCUGAGUUCGCCAACGACGACCUGGCUUCUGUUCAACCCUUCUCUUAUGGGCAACGUAUUUGUAUCGGAAAGCCGAUGGCCUAUGCUGAGAUGAGCCUCGCCUACGCAAAGUUUCUCUGGCACUUUGAACUCGAACUUGACGAUCCGUCGGACGAUUGGUGGAUAAAGCAGGGAACAUACAUCAUGUGGGAAAAGGCGCCAUUGAUGAUCAAGUUGCGCCUGAGAGAGGGUUUGGAACAGAUGGGGUAG